AUGAAGUUUCCAUUUCAACAACUGAGGCCCGAAGAUUCUGGGUUCCAACCCAGUAGGAAAAUUCGGCCUCUGACUGAAGAGGAGACUCAUGCAAUGUUUGAGAAGACAGCAAAAUUCAUCAGAGAGAACCUUCAGCUACUGGUCAACAGAUCCUACAGCACCUACUGUUUCAGGCUGCACAAUGACCGCACAGUGUACUGUGUGAAUGAGAUGAUCUUGAAGUUGGUCCUGGGUAUCUCUGGUGACAAGCUUGUUUUGCUUGGGAGGUACUUUGGAAAAUUCCCUAAGACCCACAAGUUUCAGUUGGACAUUACAGCUCUGGAUUACCUAGCACCCUAUGCCAAGGCUUUUGGGGUGGCAGCAAAGUCUACACAAGACUGCAGGAGAGUAGACACCAUGAUUACGGUGGCAUUUCAUCAAGCAGACAUUGGGGAGUAUGUUCGGCACGAAGAGACGUUGACCUUAAACCAUCACGAGGACCUGGGGCUGUGUAGAAGGGACUAA